AUGGUUCGCAUGAAUAAUGUAUAUGGGCCGCGACAAGCUGGCACAAAACUCAUACCGAAGUUCACCAAGUUGGCAUUAGAAGGAAAACCGUACCCUCUAAUGGGCGACGGUCUGCAUACAAGAAGUUGGAUGUAUGUGGAAGACUGUUCUGAGGCCAUCAGAAGGGUUGCCGAGGACGGUCAGCUAGGAGAAGUUUACAAUAUCGGUACCGAUUUUGAGCUUACUAAUAUCGAACUCACAAGGAAGAUACACAACAUUGUCAACAAGCUGCAAAAGCGAAAAGAGUCGCCCCCUUCUUUCGUCCCUAUACCGGACCGGCCUUACCACGAUCGUCGAUACUACAUCGACUUCUCCAAAAUCAAAAAGGCGAUGGGUUGGCAGUGCACGACCCCAUUCGACGAAGGUCUGAUGAAGACGAUCGAUUAUUAUGUAAAAAACAGCAAGCACGAAGCUGUCCCUUCUCGUUUGCAUGGAUAA